CUCGUCGAUGCUGCCUAUUAUUUCAUGGUAUUUCAAUGGCUCUUCCACCACCACUGCGGACUUCGGUCACUCCCCAGGAACUGGAGCUUAUAGCGUCGGAACAGCUUGUUGAGAUACUCCCUCUGAUCACGAUGGAAAAAACGGCUUUCAUAUCGGGUGCUUACGGUCCGCUACGCCCACCUGCCAAAUGUCGCAUCCCACUUUGGAUGGCUGUAAAUCUAAAGGUCAAGAAAAAGUGUCACAUCAGUUCCCCCAGAUUGGCUAAACGUAGGUAUGAAGAACGGACCGUCCACAUUUCACUUCACCCCAUUAACGUAUCUUCAGAAUUUCUACAAGAACGGCUCUCGCGUGAAACCAGCUACCCCGAGUUCAGUCAAAUGCCUUUCCGUUUUGCCGAGAUCGCCAAAGCCAUUCUAGACGUAGCGCCUGACGACAUCCAAAAUGCUGAUAAGGUGAGAUCGUUGUUGAAGGAUUUGCGCGAAGCUCGGCAAGCAAAAAGUCGGGAAGGCUUGGCCAAACUAGACCAUAGUGAGCUCAGUCUGCCAAACUUAUGCUCCAUGGAAAUCAAUGAACUACGACCGUUUUUCAUACAUGCGAUGAGUGUUCUUACCCAACUUUCACGGGAAGGGGAAGAUCGGGCGGCAGAGCAAGCCUAAAGAAAGGAAAUGUUACAUUUCUCGAUGCAGUUGUCCAUAACUGCCGACACAUUGCUAUACGCCAACACAACACAAGACCUCCGAACUACU